UCUUGUUCUUGCUCUCGUCCGAGUGGCCGGGAGUCCAGUGAGGGAAGAAGGGAAGUGGGGAAGGGGAGCAGCGGGGCGUCAGAGCUCACAUCCGUCCCUCCAGGAGCCAGAGGAGGCGGGAGAUGCUCAUCGGACUCUCCGCUGGACUCUCACAGGGCUGAUCGGCCACCACUGACACAUCCUGCCUCCCCGACUGUCCUGAAGCCUCUGACAACUUCCAGGCAUCAUGAACUCCUCGUCGGCCAACCUGCACAGCAAACGCCUGUCCUCAGCGGAGACGGAGCGAGCCCAGAGGCUGCCAGAUGUGGAUGCAGCGCAGCAGCUCAAGCUCAGAGAGAGGCAGCGUUUCUUUGAAGAAGUCUUCCAGCACGACGUGGACGUCUACCUGUCCUCAGCACAUCUCUGCAUCAGGGACUACAAGAGACCUCCCAUUGGCAGCGUCUCAUCCAUGGAGGUGAAUGUGGACCUUCUGGAUCAGAUGGAGCUAAUAGACAUUUCUGAUCAAGAGAGUUUGGAUGUUUUCUUCAGCUCUGUGGGAGAAGAAGAGGAAGGAAACAACGACGACGAGGAAGCAAUCAGCAAUGGACUCUUUCGACAUGUUCUCGAGAGUCUUGAUGCAAAGUCCCGCAUGUCGUCCACGUCGUCAGAGUCCUCCACCGACAGCCAGACUAUCAACGUCAACGGUGUGGACGCCCCGGCGAUCGAAUCGGACGACGAGGAAACACACACCAGCACGAUAAAGAGAAGGGCCGCAGCCGCCGAGGCAGAGAAGGCGAAAAGUCCGAAUCCGUCUCCGUCGUCAGGGGAUCCGUCCGCUCAGCAGUAGAUCUUCACCUGCAGCCCGGUGGUGGAACGGCUCAGCCGGGGGGCAAAGAAAGGAUUCUGGGACGACAAAUAUUGUCACAAGACUGUCAGCUUCGACUGUCUUCCAAAAACUCUCUCUUCUCAGUACUUUCAACCUUUACCACUGAUUUAUGGGUUGCAUAGUGUUCAGUGUGUGUGAUGGAGGCCACGAACUGUUAAUAUAUCGAGAUUUCCUUUUUUUUCUUCUUCUCCAUUCCUGGUGUAGCAACGGACACAAUUCCCUCCAAUGUUUUUAACCACAUGGAUUGUAGUUGAUGGAUGAAUAAUUUUGUACUGUAUUAACUCAGCAGCAAAGCGAUACCCAGAAUAAGAGCAACUAAAUGUAACAUAGCUUGGGGUGAUGUGUGCUUAUUAAACUCCCUGUUUUU